UAUCAUACUCUUGCCUGCAGUAUAAGUUCAGUACCGUGCAAAAGUCUUAGAUUUCUGAGGUGGUCAGUAGAUCAUAUUUAUCUGCAGUGUUUUGAGUCUCCAUAGUGCUAAAGGAAACAUUUUGUCUAAUCAUUUAACAAUGUCUAAUUUUUGUGGCCAAGCAAACACUUUACCAGAAGGAAAUGGAUCUAUAGCAAACAAGCAAGCAUGUUUAUUUAUAUAGCACAAUUCAUACAUAGAAGCAAUUCAAUGUGCUCUACAGUGAAAAUACAAAUACAAAAUGCAAUGCAAUUAAAGCAGUCAGAUUGUUAUAAUUCUCUAACUCAGCUGUCUCCAGGGGGACUGCAUGAACUUCAACACCCUGGUAUCUCAAUCCUCACGCUCCAGCGCUUGGAGGAACUCGUCAGUCCUUUUAUUCUAAAUACGUGACACCAGCAUCUUCUGUGAGUAGCGCAGUCCAGAGAACAUCAUGGCAUUCAGGAAUAGGGGAACAUCAUCAAAACUAGCUGAUAUGACUUUGAAAAGCAACCUGAUCCAUGCAGGGCCCCCUAAACGGUAUCAGCUGGUACCCAAGAAACAGUGCCUGGAUGAUAAAGGUGAAGAAGAAUCAAAACUAAGAAAAUGGACCAUCGGUGAGAAAGACCCUUACAAAGUAAACAGAACUGUAUUAUUGGUUGGAGAGACAGGAUCAGGAAAAACUACUAUGAUAAACGCCAUGGUCAACUACAUCAUGGGUGUGGAGCGAGAGGACAACAUCUGGUUUGAGAUUACCAACGAGGGAAACAAAUGUCAAACUGAAAGUCAAACUUCUGAGGUCAUAGCUUAUGACAUCUUUGGGUUUGAGGGCUGUAGAGUCCCUUACUCUCUGACCAUCAUAGACACCCCAGGUUACGGAGACACCAGAGGGUUUCAAGAAGACAGGUUAAUUGCUGAAAGACUGCAUGAUUUGUUCAGAUCUCCAAAUGGAAUUGAUAAAAUUGAUGCAGUGGGUUUUGUGGUGAAUGCAAGUACCAAUCGUCUGAGUGACAGGCAGAAGUACAUCUUUGAUGCAGUUUUGUCUUUAUUUGGGAAAGACAUGAAGAAUCAAAUCGUAGCUCUCAUUUCAAACUCAGAUGGAGGACCAGCUAAGAAUGCCCUCCAGGCACUUGAAAACGCCAACAUCAAAUGUGCCAAAAACAAGGACAACAAACCAGUUCAUUUCCUGUUCAACAACCGGCAGACAGAGAUUGUAACAAAUACGAAACAGGAAAGGGCCAUGAGUUUAGCCUGGGAUAUUACCACAGAAGGCAUGGAGGAGUUUUUAGAGUUCCUGAGUAAAGUAGCUCCUCAGAAGUUGAAGAUGACUGUAGAUGUUCUGACACAUCGUAUUCAGCUAGAAGCUUUGGUCAACAACCUACAGGAACGCAUUAAGAUGAUUGAAGGGAAGCAGGCUUUGCUCAAGCAGACUCGUAAUGAACUGAAGAAACAUAUGAAAAAGAUUGAGCUAAAUAAGAACUUUGUCAUCACAGUCACUGAGAGCUACAAAGAGCGAGUCACCAUAGAAGGCAAAUGGAACAAAAAGGCAGUAUGCUGCAUAGUAUGUGAGGAGAACUGCCAUUACCCAGGAUGCACCCUUGCCAAAAGCCCUUCUUGGUGUGAGGUCAUGAAAAAUGGUUUCUGCACCUCAUGUACUGGGAAAUGUCCUGUCUCCAACCAUGUCAGAGAAAACUGGAGGUUUGUUCAGAAGAACAGGGAGAUUACCAAAACACACGACGAUCUAAAAAUGAAGUAUGAAGUGCACGUGGGCCUUGCUGGAGAGAAAGUCGACUUGAUGGCCUGUCUGAAGAAAGAGUUGGAUGAUGCUGUGAGAGACAAAGCCAGAUUGGUGGAGGAAUCCUACCAGUGUGUUGUUAAACUAGAAGAGAUUGCUUUGAGUGGGAACUCGCUGUCUACUUAUGUUCAUCUGAAAUUCCUCAUUGAGAAGCUGAAGGAGAAAGGAGACUUGGAGAAGGCUGUGAGACUGGAAAGGAUUCAGCGGUGUGCCAGAAAGGAAGAAAUGAAUGGGAUGGAUUAUAUAAGGACCGCCCUAGGGCUUCUCUGGCCAAUGAAAUAACAGGAAGAGGUGUUUUAUUUUCAACAAACAUAGGAAGUAAAUAUAUAAUCUUGUUUUAAUUUGACCUUUGCGGAUAAAACAGAUUGUUUCAAAUACCAAUCAUUAGCCCAAAAUCUGUUUGAAGAAAGCAUAUUGUUUUUCUGUGAAGUAAUAAAUAAUCAAAUGAUGUGUGCUUAUAUGCAACUGAGAAGGUUGUGUUUCUGAUUUACUUAAUAAUAUAAUAGUGUGGAAUUACUAUCAUUACAAUGAUUCUUUAAUAAAGUUAAAUAAAAGUGUAUUUGGUGAUUACCAAGGAUGUCUUUUAUUCUUGUAUGUUUUUGAUGACAGUAUCACAGACCAACAGGUACCAGCCAGUAUCUUACCCUCAUUUGUCCUCAAUGCAAAAAUACUAAACAAAUUUUUUGCAAUUGCUUACACACUUGUUGCAGAGAUUAUCUCAUUGUGUUAAACCUCUAAACACAAGCCAAAUAAGACAGAUCACUUGGAGAUAAACCUCUCACUUCUUUGUCAAAAUGAAACUCU